CUUGGUGAUUCGAGGUUCCUCGCAUUUCUGUUUCAGUUCCUGUUUCCAUUCAGAAGUAAAACAGCAAUGUGCAUUUUGACCUUUUGGGGAAUCUAUCCGUUGUCCUGUUCCAUUGUGGAGUGAGUGUAGUGGUUAUGCUAGGAGCCAGUGAGUCUUGUUAUGGGACAGGGGAGGCUAGCUGCCUUCAUUUGGUGGUGUGCGCUUCACAGCCUGCUCAGUGUGCCGACACAACAACUUCCUUAUGGUGUAGGUAGUGUUUGAUAAUUUUGGUGUGAAUUAAGGUGGGUUUGGAAGAUCUCCUGAGCUGUAGCUUGCCUGCCGUGUUCCCGCCAAGCCUGGACCUGGAGAAGUGCUUAGUUUUAAAAUUGUUAUUGCGCUUCAUGGGAGAGCGAAUUUAUAUUUAUAAAAUAUAAAUGGCCUCACUCUAAAACUCUAGACCAAGAACUAACUUAAAACAUUUUAAGACCUUGUAUAAAUAGAUCAUUAUCUCUUACUUAUAGGUUAUCAAAACUGAACCAAAAUCUAAUUUCUAUAGUUAAUCUUUCGGGGAAAUGUUUUUGACUUAAAUUUGUACAAAUUUAAAUAAGUGACAUUUCUUUGGAUAAUCUUAUUUAUAGGAAUACAAGAGGCAAAAAGAUGCUAUUUAAUUGCACAACUGCCUCCUAUAUUCCACCACCAAGACGCAAGCCAUUAGUGAUAUUCCACUCAAUGAGGAAAGUCUCCUCUUCCUUGGCAUUAUUUAGAGGCCUAACACUCCAUCAUUGGGUGCCUUCUCCAGGUUCUACAGGGUUAGAAUUGCCCUCCAAGUGCAUCGGCUAUCCCUCAACACAUGUCACCUGUCAGUCCAUCCACUCUGAUUUGAUUAUGUAAAGUUUUGUGGAAAGUGAGCAAACAAAGACGUCAUCAAACAUGAAAAUAAGAAGCAGCUGAUCAGUUGUCAGAUGUUGCAGAAAGUCUUUGAAGAACAGUGUAAAAAGCUGCAACACGAGUGUUUACCUCCGUAACAUUUCAGAGUCUACCAACAUCACUGAUGAAGCAGCAUCUGCUGAUACUCCUGUUUUUCACAGGAGUUGUCCCCCUUGUCCAGUCUGUGACCCGUAAGUACUUUCUGGUCCAGCAGGGAAGAAAGUGGACUGAUGCUCAGACUUACUGCCAAGCCACAUACACCGACUUGGCUAUCAUCAAAAGUAAUGAUGAUGUGAUCCAACUACAGAAUGAAGUACAGAGUCAGAAAUUCAGUUCCAGUGCUUGGAUUGGAAUGUACAGUAACAUCUCCAGCUGGCACUGGUCCUUUGGAUAUGAACCAGUGACAAAUAUAUUUGGAAAUUGGUAUGUUGGAGAGCCAAAUAACAGUGGUGGAAAUCAAAACUGUGCCGCUGCAUAUCCCUUCGGUUGGACGGAUCUGCAAUGUACUCAAGUGCACCCCUUUCUGUGCUUUGAUGAAACUAAAACUGGCAGUGACCGCUACAUUUACGUAAAUAAUAGUGUACAAUGGCCUGAAGCUCAGGCUUACUGCAGACAGUAUCACACAGACCUGGCCAGUGCGAGAGAUGAAAAAGAAAACUCAUUUAUAAAGGCGCUAGUCCCCGGAAUUACAUGGUUUGGAUUAAUAAAAGACCCCUGGAAGUGGGUAGAUCAUACCAACUUCUCUACUAUCAGCUGGAUGUCUGGACAACCUGAUAACAGCAUGCGGAAUGAAAAUUGUGGUUAUAUAUAUAUGGGCAAGGCCGCUGAUGGAAAGUGCACAGACAUUUUGCCUUUCUUCUGUUACUCAGUAAGCACAAAGCAACAAAUCAUAAAGAUGAAGAUCCAGUCCAGUCAGGAUUUGAAUGAUCCUGCAGUAAAUGUGGCCAUCUUGGAGAAGAUCAAGCAGAAACUGAAGGAUAAUGGGAUGGUAGAGGAGAUCAUGGUGAAAUGGAGAGUACAAUCAGAUGGAGAGGCAUUUCACAAGGAGAAAUAAACUAAUACUGCAAUAGAAAAAGGAGGUCUCUAAGUCUAUAGCUGUGUCUGAAAUACAGUAAUUCUGUAGCGCAUUAGUCAUUUUUGUUGAGUAGUAUGUUUACUCAGUAAAUGUAAUAAGACGUAGUUCACUAUUAGAGGGAUGGUGAAGGGGAAAUAAUUAUUUACUCACUUUAAAAAUGCAUAACUUAUAUAUAGACAUUCUUUUUGUUUUCCUUAUCAUAAGCAUUAAUUGACCAUUUUAUUCAUGAUCAGGUAGAAUUCAUGGACUAUGUGAUGUAAGAAUCAGUGAUUAAUGUGCAAGAUUAAUGUGCAGAAUAUGUGUAGAAAUGUGCAGAAUAUCCCGCCUGCUGAGUCUCUCCUGCUUCCUCCUGUAGGAGCACAUCACUGUGCUCGUUUAAUUCACUGAACUUUAAAGUUCUUAUAAUGGGCCUCAUUUAUCAAUAUUUUAGUAAAGUCGUGUGUUAAAAAAAAAAAUUUUAAAAAAAAAAAGAAUGAACAAAAAAUUCCACCAGAUUUACAAAAGUUUUGGAAAGGCUGAUUUUCUUCAUACACACAUAUCUAUAAAAUGCAAAGCACAUUCCUAAAAGAUCAAGCACACAGAGGGCUGGAAACAAAAUAAAAACAUGACAGAAGAGGCAGAAAGGCAGAAGUGGAAGUUAUUUUGACUCACAUCUAUGCCAGUAAAAAAGAUUUAGUAGUGUACCAGCACCUGAAAAGGUCAACAUCUUGAAGUAAAUUACAGAAAAGGUGAAAUAGGUGUGAAUUAAGUGAGGUGAAAAGAAUUGAAUGACUAGUUUUAUUUGUUCUAAUUCAUGGGUUUGUGUUGGCUGCUUCCUUUAUUUUUCAUAUUCUUUAAUUAAUGCCAAUGAUGGCUUAGUGGUUAAGGCUCUGUGUUACUGAUCAGAAGGUUGGGGGUCAUGGCUGACCCUGUGCUCUGACCCCAACUUCCUAACAGGCUGGCAUAUGCAAAGAAUGAAUUUGACUGUACUGUAAUGUAUAUCUGAUAAAUAAAGGCCUCUAUUCUAUUCUUUGAAAACAAAUGGGUUUCACACAAUUUUCUUGAUAGUACUCUUAGGCUACAUUCACACUGCAGGCAACAGUAGCCCAAAUCAGAUUUACAGACCAAAUCCCAUUUUUUUGUUAAGCUACAGUGAGGGAAAAAAGUAUUUGAUCC